ACAUACAGUGAAGAGCCUGUUCCCAUUGCAAUGAAACAAAUACAUUAUUUGCACAGAGAAACAAAUAGGCUGCGCUACGAGUACAAUAACGCACUAUUUAAUGGUGGGCAGUAUGUUAAUAGGUUUUCAUCAUGGGAAUUAUGUGUGAUUUCUGGUGGCUUUGAAGACGUUCAGGACAGUUGUAAGGCUGUUCCGCGUCAUUGCGCACGAUAUGAUUCGGCGGACGCUGCGCGACCCUUCUAGUUGACGGAAUUCGCUGACAGCAAUACCAGUUGUUUUCACGGACAGAUGUACGCGCAUCAGCAGGUGCCAUCUACUCUAAAACCGGACUGAAGUGGGCAACCGAUUACAACUUUUAUUUUAAUGCUAAGGAAAAUUCUAUGACACGGACUUCUAUCGCUAGUGUAAUCUGAAAUAUAUGUCAUGCGCGCGGACACGUAUUGCUACAGAUAGAGUCCAGCAGACGCCUCCAGAUCUCCAACCAUGAUGUCUGUGCUUCGCUCUGGAGGGAGAAUCUUCAUCAUACUCCUCUUAAACGGGAUCUUAGAGAACUCGCUGCUCUGUGCUGAAGUGAAGGAGGGAGAGAUUCUGCCUCCCACAAUUCAUAAGCUGAUGAAAGGAUACAACAAGUACCUCAGGCCUUUCUUUGACAAUGGGCCAGUGACCGUGGCAAUGAGUUUGGAUAUUGCCAGCAUCGACACCAUAUCAGAAAUCAACAUGGACUACACGGCCACCAUCUUCCUGCGUCAGCGCUGGACUGACGAGCGCCUGAUCUUCGAGGGGAACAAGAGCCUGAGUCUGGACGGCAGGCUGGUGGAACUGCUCUGGGUGCCGGACACCUUCAUUGUCGAUUCCAAAAAGUCCUUCCUUCAUGACAUCACUGUGGAGAACCGGCUGAUCAGGAUCUUUCCCAAUGGAACCGUUCUUUACGCCCUGAGGAUCACCACGACAGUGGCCUGCAACAUGGAUCUGACCAAAUACCCCAUGGACAAGCAGACCUGCACUCUUCAACUGGAGAGCUGGGGUUAUAACAUCAAUGAUGUGAUGUUCUGUUGGACCAGAGGGAAUGAGUCAGUCAGCGGUUUGGACACGUUGCGUCUGGCUCAGUACACCAUCGAGGACCACUACACAUCCGCGUCUGAGGCCAUCUAUGAAACCGGCCACUACCCCAAACUGAUCUUCCACUUUGAGCUGAAGAGAAGCAUUCUGUACUUCAUCCUGGAGACAUAUGUUCCCUCCAGCCUACUGGUGGUCCUGUCCUGGGUCUCUUUCUGGAUCAGCCAGUCCUCCGUCCCCGCAAGGAUCUGUAUUGGGGUGACCACUGUUCUGACCAUGACCACUUUGAUGAUGGGCGCCAGGACAUCUCUGCCCAACGCCAACUGUUUCAUUAAAGCCAUCGAUGUGUACUUAGGCAUCUGCUUCAGCUUCAUCUUCGGUGCCCUGAUUGAGUACGCCGUGGCCCACUUCUGCACCCUGAACCACCCCAACUCCAACAUUGUCAUGUACGCUCAUCAGAUGGGAGGUUUCGACGAGGAGAUGAACGGCAUGGUCACCACCAUUGCCGCGGAAAACAACCGGGCCAAGAGGCGCAAGGAGAAGGCUGCAGCAUCCUUAGCGGCAACGGCGGAGCUGGAACUGGGCCCAUCCAGCCCCAACAGCAGCGAGCCCAUGCCCGAGCCCCCUGAAGAGAACCCAAACAGCUGUCUAACAGUCCUGGACCUCCUCCGCAAGGUCACGCGCAAGGCUGCAAACUGUUGCCACGUGGAGAACCCCCACUUAAUAGAUAACUACUCCAGGAUGACCUUUCCCCUUUCGUUUAUAUUCAUCAACCUGCUCUACUGGACAUAUUACCUGUACUUGUAACACACAGGGGUGUGUCUCUGUGUGCGGGUUGGGUUGGUGGAUGUCUGAAGCUGUGUAUUUCUGUGUGCGACUGCAAUUCGUUAAAAUGUUUUUUGUUUUCUGAAACAAGGCAGACUUUUACAUUAACUGUUGAUGAGUGGGGCGUUGUGAAUGGCGGACCACCAGCCACGGUACAUCCUGUGUCCAUGCCACAUUUAUUCAACCUGAUUCAACUCAUCACCAUUGUUGUCAACCUGUAUGUUCUAUCAGUUCUUUGUCUGCUGGUUUUUGCUUUAAGAAGUUACUGGCACAGAGCAGAGAUUAGAGUGGCUGGCUGCACUCUGCAAUGGUGUUUUGUUGAUUACCGAGUUCCUUACUGUGAAGGGAAGUCGACAGAGUACUAGCUUGGUCCCCACUUGGUCUACUCUUUCUCUGUCUCUUUCCCUCUCCCUGUGUCUCUAAUUAUUGUGAUUAUUCUGUAUAUCCAGCGGCCUUGGCUCCCUUCAAUACAUAAUGAAAAUUGACAAUCAAUGAAGGCCACCAUAAACCAAUUUGAUUUCCUGUAUGUUUUACAAGAGAGACAAUGGUCAAACCCCUUAAAUGGACAGGAAUAAGGCAAUGAAAUGGUGAAAAUAUACAGCCUUGCAGAUUUGAGAGUAACAGUAUUUUGUAAGUGGAGCAGGUAGGUAGUAUUUCCCGCUGUGCUUAGUGAUACAUGCGGUCUUAAUGGUACAGAUAGUACAUUUGAUUAUAUAUUUUAGGACACUUCAGUAACGGUCAAGCGGCUAAGGUAUUUUAAUAAGAUCAUCAACAAUCAUCUGUUCACCCUCUGGGUAAGGAUUGAAUGAAUAUGCAAAGCUUGUCCUUUUCCUCUGAUAUGGGAGUGUCCUGUGUGAUGAUGACUAAAUUCCCCAUCAUGUUCUCACACACAAGUUAUAACUUAAGGACCAAAGAUUUUUAUUUGAUUUGUAGUCCUUUACGGUUCCCUUUUGACUGUUUUGCAAUUUGUAUAACUAUUUCUUGUGUGAAAGUUGAAAGUAAUAGCAUGCUAUAUAAGCAUGACACAGGAACACUUCAACAUUUCGCAGUCCUGUGCAGACAAAAACUGUCUCAAACUUAAUGCAUGUUUGUUUAUUCCCUUAAAUAAAAUAUUACAUGCAUUUUUCUUUUACAAUGCUUUCACCCAUUUCCGUAUAAAUCACUUACCACCACAUAGUAUAGAAUAAUAACAUAUGGUCUGUUCAUAUGUAUUAUGAGGAUAGCAAUGCAUUAAUUUGAUGUACAUAAUGGACGUAUAUUUGCAAGAAUUGGCCAUAAAGAAACAUUUACAGUACUUGCAAAAACAUUUGUUUUAGUGUUGUUUUUAGCAAAAUGAUUUUUAUAUAUUUUUUUCUUGUGUUUCUUUCCGAAAUGCAAUCCAGUGCAUUUACUUCUAACAUGGUCUUGCUUCAGUGCAUUCAAAUGAAACUAAUUAUUUAAAUGAUGCAAUAUCAUUGGUUAUGAGCUACUGAAUCCUAUGCUUUCUGUUUUGUUUUGCACGUCAACAAUAACUUUAUUUUUCUGUUUCUUUACUAUUUUGUGUAUUUCAUGAGGUUGUUGGCAUAACUAUGGAAUACAGAAAGUGUGUGGUCACACAAUCUAAAUGGAGGCCAUCUAAAACAUACAGCAUUAUAGACAACAGUCCUUUUUACAGGAGACAAACAUAGGUAUUUAUAUUGAAUAUACAUUUACUGUUAAACUGACUACAGUUUACUGUUAGGGCGUAUUUAUAAAACCUAUUAGAAUGUCUUUUAAAGAAUACCAAUACCAAUGCCAAAAUGGAGCCAAAGAAUCCACUCAAACCACCAUGAAAAUAUUCCCUUUGUUUCCCAAGAAUCCCAGCUAUUACCUUUCCACUUACAACUUGUGUUUCAAUACGUUUGCUAUUCACUGAUGUUGUCACGGGAGCAAUGCUCUCGAUCAUCAAGACCCCUUAUUUUGACAAAAUGUGUCACCUCUCCUUGACUACGUCAUAAAUGAUUUUGCAGCACUCUAUGGAGAAACAGCUGUCAUGGCAGGACACAUGAUAUACCGGACACAGGUACAUCAAGCCAAGGCAACUAACCAGACCAAUGAGGAUGUACUAAAGUAUAAUCCCUCCCCUCCCCACUUGUUUCUGACAGACUGAUUGGCCAACGCAGAAAGUACCGAUUUUUUAAUCAUUUUUUGGGACGUUGAAUGGCAACGCAUGAGAGUGACAUGUUAUGGACAGUUCCUGGGAGAGCAUCCUGUAAAAUGUGUUUAUACUGUAACAUUUGGAUAUAGGUUAUUUUGUUUGCUUAAAUUGUUGUAAAUAUAUAGUUACACAUUGCAUGUUCAGUUGAUGUUUCAAUAUUGAUCAGGGUAAUAAAAUAAACUGCCUAAAAUCA